UUUGUCUUUUGCCAACAAGUCAGACUGUUGCUGUUAGUGCUGCUUUGCAACCUCAAAGACGACAUAAAGGUGUCCAGACAACAUCCGGGCCCCUCAUGAUGACUGUGGGUACCCAAACCUGCGUUGUUCACUCAGAGCUGAAUGUUACCAUCGACAGCUGGGACUCGGAUGAAGAAAUGUUGGUGUGCGAGGCUGAUUCUGAGUAUGACCUACCCACCGCACCUUCUGACUGCGAGUCCAGCGAGUCCGAUUGUCCUGAUAUGGCUGCGGCCGACCCUGCGCCAGUUCCCAGCCGGGUAUAUCUAAUCUACUGGGUCGCCCUCAUUCAGCUCAUUAGCCAGUGGGUCAGUUGUCCUGCGUGUGCCUGCAAGACGGUCAACUGGGUCCCUUCUGAGGUCGGUACCAUGUUGGUGCUGGCCUUGAAGUGCGCUGAGCCUGGAUGUGGUCACACCGGAACAUGGAACUCCCAACCAUAUGUCGGCAGAAUUGCUGCUGGAAACAUAUUUCUUUCUGCAGCCAUUUUAUUUGCUGGUGCAACUGUGGGCAAAGUUCUGCGUGUGUUAUCUCACAUGGGUGUAGCUGUUUACUCCACUCGGUCGUACUUUCGCCAUCAAGAACGCUACCUUCACCAAGCCAUCAAAAGCGUGUGGCGAGAGCGGCAAAUCUGGCUGUUGAGCCAUCUACAAGCUGAGGGAGAGGAAAUUGUUUGUGGUGGCGACGGACGAGCUGACUCACCCGGUCACAGUGCAAAAUACGAGACUUACACGAUGAUGGAACUGCGGAAGCUAACCAUCUUGGAUGUGCAGAUUGUGCAGAGUAACGAGGUAGGAGGUAGCUACCACAUGGAGCCCGAAGGACUGGUUCGGUCACUGCGUGUGCACGAGGAGUUGGGAACUCUGGUGACAGAUCGACAUGUGACUGUCAACAAGCUCGUCCGAGAACAGUUCCCACACAUUGAGCAUCUUUUUGACAUCUGGCAUAUUGGCAAAGGUUUGAAGAAAAAGUUGCAGAACCUCUCUAAGCUGCGUGGAUGUGAAGCCCUAAAACCCUGGAUUGGCAGUAUCAUCAACCAUUUAUAUUGGUCCGUGGCGUCAACGCGACCUGGGGACCCCAGACUCGUCCUCGACAAGUGGGAGUCAGUACUGAGCCAUGUUCAGAAUGAUCACUCGGGCUUCAAAGGCAGUUUCCCCAGGUGCAGCCAUGGUCCUUUGGAAGGUCGGGAACGGAAAAAGCCUUGGCUCACGCCUCACACCAAGUUGACCAAUGAGCUGGAGAAGCUGAUCUGUGGCUCCAAACUGUUGGCUGACAUUCGCCGGCUGUCUCCAGUCUACCAGACUUCCCACCUGGAAGCCUUCCACAGUCUGGUGAACCAUUUUACACCCAAAAUGUUCGCCUUUUCUUACGAGGGGAUGCUCAGCAGGACGAUUGUGGCUGCUCUUCACUUCAAUGAAAAUGCCCAUCGAGCCCACAGCUUAACCUGAGACGGAGUGGGGAUUUAUAGCAUCCACUUUCCAAAAUCAAAACAAGGCGGCCAUGUUGUGCGCAAAGUUUUGGAGAACCCUACAUUUGAUUAUGUUAGCGAGCUGAUGUCGGCGGUGGAGAGGCUUGUGCAGGACGCGAGUGAUGUAGAGCCGGAUGAAUUGGAGGCGAUACCGGCUGUGCCCGAGGCCGGGAGGUUAUCCCUCAGCAGCAGCUUUCAGCGACCUGACAAAGAACAGGCGGUCCGGGAUCAUGUCACACGUUUUAAUGUGCCAUGAUUGAACCUUUAAUUUUGUAUAAUUGUGUUCCCCAGUUCUUUCGUUGUCAUCUUUUGAAAAUGUGAGCUAGUUUUUUGAAUUUAUAAGGUAUCAUCGGUUCGA